AAUCAAUCUAUUUAAUUUACCAUGCCGAACGCAAGAAAGAAGAAAGCCGCCAAGAAUGAAGACUUUAAAAAAAAGAAACUCAAGGUGGGGAAAACCAAGGCUUUACCUGACAACUAUACCGAUACUUCUUUUACUUCUAAAAGUAUCUCACUUCCCAAUCAAAGUAUCACUGAAGACAAAUCGAAAGAGAUCACCACCGGUCGCAACCUUACAAUGACAGAUCUAGUGACUCAAUUGAAACAUUAUAAUAGUAGUGUGAAGAAAGAUGCUCUUGCUGGACUUCAAGAACUUUUCCGUCGCCAUCCUACCAUGCUGAUAUCAUCUCUCAGUACUAUUGUGAAUAGUAUAGUCAAGUUAUUCAUCGAUGAUGAUCGUGAGGUACGAAAAGCACUCAUGAAAUUUUUGAAUGAAACAUUCACUCAAGUCGAUAAGGUUGAAUUGGAACCCUUUGUACCGCUGUUGAUUAUCUAUACAUGUUCAGCAAUGACUCAUAUCAUGGAAGAUAUACGCUUGGAUGCCAUCAAACUGUUGGAUUUAUGGGUUGGAAUGGUACCUGAAGCAGUCAUUGGGAAAUUUUGGAAAAGGAUCUCUGGAAAUUUUAUUAGUUUGCUUGCUGUUGGAUCCAACAAUAUCAACAUAUCAAAAUCAACUUCAUCCAACACACCCACCACUACAUCAUCCGUUAAAGCAGCAGCUGCCUCUUCACAUCUACAUGUCAACAAAAGCAAGUUGGAAUUAUUGACAAGUUUGAGUAAAUUCUUUGAAGCUGGAUUAUUUGAAGAUCGACAAGAUCCGUAUUGGUUCAUGUACAAUUUUUUGGAUGAUCGUCAUGCCAGGAAAACUUUCAAACGAAAAUUCAAUCAAGACGAAAAAGCAAAAAAUCCUGUCAUUCCAUGGGAUCCUUCGUCAAUGGCAACAUACACACCAAAUCAUGUCAUGACUUCUUCUGUAAUUCCUUACCUUUCCAAUGGAUCUGUUUCCGUCUCUUUCAACUCAUUGGGUUUAUUCGAAGCUGCUGGAAGCAAUGUUGGCCAAGAAAAGUCUCAUUCUCAAGACAAUGACAAGAAUCAGCAAUCGUCUAAUGAUGUCAGUUUUCAAGAUCGUAUGUCUCAAGUCAAGGAAUUCAUUGAAACGUUUCAACCCAUUUUGAUUGGUAAUUGGCUUGAAUCUGCCCCUAUGGUCUUUACUAUUUCCAAUACAAUUACUUAUUCGCCAGCAUUACAAAUGUUACAUACGGUACUUCAUGUUUCUCUGAUAUUAUGGCGGGCUAUGGUUAGUGGUGGAUCUAUCGAUAAGACAACUCCUCAAUGGUUGGAUACUCACUUGCAACAACUCCUAAAACAUAUUUCUGUCUAUUUCCCUUAUGGUUUAUCGUCUCUUGGAAAUGGUGGUGCAAAGGUUGACUCAUUAUUACAAGAAAUGAAUAUCAUGACAUGCGAACUCACAUCACUCUUCUUACUGGCAAGAAAGAUGCAAAAUGAUCAAGUGGCUUUUAAUGAUGGACAGGAUAAGAAACGUUCUUAUGAUGAUAUGGAACAAGAUGAUAUGGUACCUACAUGGGCGAACAGUAUUGUGGAUUAUGUGCUUGGUUUGUUAGGUUUUGACGCACUGGAUACCAAGACUUCUAAUGGUGCCAUGACUAGUAUGUCUUCAGAAUUCCGAAAUGAAAAUCUAGUGGCAUUACUUCCUGCAGUUUGGGGCUUUUUAAACUGUCUAGAAGGGGAUCGACGUUAUGAUGUAUUCCGAUCUUUUAUCAACUACUCACAACACUGUAAUGCUCAUUCAGCGUCCAAGAAAACUACUAUGGCUUUCAUCAUUCGUGCUUAUUUGAUUCAAUCCAUGCCCAGUUACACUGGUCGAUUUAUCUUGAAAGCUGGAACACCAUAUGCUAAUCUUAUGCAGACAUGGUUACUUAGUUUACCAAAACUAUUAUGUAAUCUAAGUACAAAACAUAUUGAUACAAGUCAGAUGUUACUGAAUGUCAUGUGUGAUAUUGCAAAGCGUGGUGACAAAGAUAUAUUUGACUCCAAGACUCUUGAACGCACUGCGUUAUCCAUGUCGAUCUUCUUUUAUGUACAUUUGCCUAACAAAGGUGAUGUGUACGGACCUUUCCUCUAUUUACCUGUGGAACUUCAGAAGCGUGCUCUUGAAUUCAUGUACUUUAUCAAUGCAACAUCAGAAAGGGUACAAACAUCGAUAUCAAAGUGCAAAUCUCAUGACUUGAUGACCAAGGAGGUAUUGAAUUGGAUCUUGUGAAUUGUAUCACCAUCCGUUAUAGAAAUAUCUUCUUUUUUUGUACAGUAUAAUUUUAUUCACGAACAAUAAACAUUCAUAGAUCAUUCUUUUCAUGCAAUUUGAUGAGUCUUUGCAUUUAUCUAUUUUAUUUUUGAUAUGAUCUUGUUUCAUUUCCUUUUCACAAACAAAUAAU